AGGAGGUGGUAAUAAUGUUAGAGGUGCAGAAGAAGAAAGGGAAAAUGGGUGUAGCGGUGUUGUACCACUACCCCUGCCCCGACGGCGCCUUUGCUGCUUUGGCCGCUCACCUUUACUUCUCCUCCCUCUCUACUUCUCCGCCGCCGCCUCUCUUCUUCAUCCCCAACACCGUCUACUCUCCACUUACGCCCCGAGACCUCCCUCUCUCUCAAAUCGAUUCUGUCUACCUCUUGGAUUUUGUCGGUCCUCCUGCUUUUCUUCAUCACCUUUCCUCUCUUGUUCGCCGUGUUAUUGUAUUGGAUCAUCACAAAACUGCACUUGAAAUGUUGGGUGCUGGGACUUGUGUUUCUGGAAAUGUGACCAAAGUGAUAGACAUGGAUAGGAGUGCGGCUACUAUUGCCUAUGAUUAUUUCAUGGAAAAGCUCGCCACCAGGGAUACCAAUAAUGCAGCUGUUGAUUACAGCACCUUAGACCAGGGAAUCUCUGAAUUCCGAAGACUCCGCCAACUCUUUCAAUACAUUGAAGACAGAGAUUUGUGGAGAUGGAAACUCCCUGACAGUAAGGCAUUUAGCAGUGGCUUUGAUGAUUUGAAGAUUGAAUUUGAUGUCAGAUCAAACCCAUCCUUGUUUGACCAGUUGCGCUCUUUGGAUCUUGAGUCUCUCAUAUCUCAAGGAAAGGUGACCAUAUCUCGGAAACAGAAAUUAAUAGAUGAUGCCCUUGAUCAGUCAUUUGUAAUAGCACUUGGUGGUGGAACAUUUGGACAUUGCCUGGCAGUAAAUGCGGAUGCUUUAUUUGAGCUGAGAAGCGAGCUUGGCAAUCAGUUGGCUAUUAAAAGUUUUGAAAUGAAGUUGAGGAGGAUUGGAGCUGUUGUAUACAAGGUACCUGAGCUUGAAAACGACCAAGUGUUGAAAAUCAGCCUAAGGAGUGUUGAUAUUGAGGAUACAACUCCUAUUUCUCAGGAAUUUGGUGGUGGUGGGCAUCGCAAUGCUAGUUCAUUCAUGUUAAAAUCUGCCGAGUUUGAGAAGUGGAAGGUUAUCAAUAGCACAAGUGAAUGCAUUUAAGCACAUCUGUUUCAGCCUUUGUUGGACUACUACCGUUGGGCAUUCUUCAGAUGUUACAACUCUACUGCUUAUGUUGUUUUUAGGGUUGUUGGCCAAGCAACAUGUGAAAGUGAUAUAGUGAGCUUGCACAAUAUUGAAAAGAUUAGAAGAAGGGCAAUUUA